AUGGAUCGAGAACGUGCUCGCGAGCGUGACAUAAUCAGCAAAGACGUGGACAACGACCGCAACGAAAAGCACCAUCGGGAGGGCCACAAAGAAUUGGAGAACUAUGUAGGUUUUGCUAAUCUACCCAAUCAGGUAUACCGCAAAUCGGUCAAGAGAGGAUUUGAAUUCAACUUAAUGGUUGUUGGUGAAUCUGGCUUGGGAAAAUCCACAUUGAUAAAUUCUCUCUUUUUAACGGACUUAUAUUCUUCGGAGUACCCUGGACCUUCUCUGAGAAUUCAAAAGACAGUGAAGGUGGAUACAACUCAAGUUGUAUUGAAAGAAAAUGGAGUCUCCCUGCGUUUGACGGUUGUUGAUACGCCUGGUUUCGGUGAUGCAGUUGACAACAGCAACUGCUGGCAGCCGGUUAUUGAUUUUAUUGACUCAAAGUAUGAGGAAUACUUGAACUCUGAAUCAAGAGUCAACCGAACUACAAUGCCUGACAACAGAGUUCAUUGCUGUCUUUACUUUAUUGCUCCUACAGGUCAUGGACUGAAACCAUUAGAUGUUGAAUUCAUGAAACGUCUUCAUGAUAAGGUGAACAUUAUUCCUCUUAUUGCCAAAGCUGACACCCUGACCCCAGAUGAAUGCAGGGACUUUAAGAAGACUAUUUUGAAUGAAAUUGCCCAGCACAGAAUCAAAAUUUAUGAAUUUCCUGAGUGUGACGACGAAGAAGAGAACAAAAUACAAAAGAAAUUACUGAAGAAUGACUUGAAAGGCAGUAAACCUUUGCAGGACAGAGUUCCAUUUGCCAUAGUUGGCAGUAAUACUGUUGUCGACAACAAUGGAAAAAGGAUUCGUGGAAGACAGUAUCCCUGGGGAAUCGUUGAAGUGGAAAAUCUUGAACAUAAUGACUUUAUUGCUCUAAGAAACAUGCUCAUCAGAACCCAUAUGCAAGACCUUAAAGAUGUGACCAAUAAUGUACACUAUGAAAAUUACCGCUAUAGCAAACUUGCACCAGUCACUGCUGAUGGCAAAAUAAAGGCUUCAUCACUCACCAAAGAUCCAAUGUCUCAGAUGCAGGAGGAGAAACGAGAACACGAUUCAAAGAUGAAGAAGAUGGAGGCUGAAAUGGAACAAGUUUUCGAAAUGAAGGUGAAAGAAAAGAAGACCAAAUUGAAGGAUUCUGAAGCUGAUCUUCAACGGAGAGCUGAGCAGAUGAAGAAGAGUUUAGAGCAGCACCAGAAAGAACUGGAUGAGAAGUGGAGUGCAUUUGACAAGGAGAAAGCCGCUUGGGAAGAGCAGUUUGGAGAGAGAAGACGAUCAUUGGAGAACUCAAAAGAGACAAAGAAGGACAAAAAGAAGUCCAUAUUUUGA